AAAUGAAAAGCAAUUACUUUUUAAAAGCAGCGUGUACGGGAUUCCUGGGCAAAGCCUUCCUCGCUAAGUUGAUGGAACUGUAACUCCUUCUUACUGAAGUAGCUUGAUUAGGCCUCAUAUUUUACCAUUGUUGGAUUCCAACCAGCCACAUUUUAAAAGCAGCUUGCACAGAUUCUGAGCAAAGCAAUCCUCGCUAAGCUAUUAUUGAUUUUGAUUUCUCAGGCAUUCAGCUCACAGGCAAUUACCAUUAAUUCGAUGGCUUACAUUCCUCCACAUAAGCGGCAUUCACAAGACAAGGGAAGGCCAUCACCAACUCCAGAGAAGUUUAUUCCUCUCUUCAAAAGCAAUUAUCUUAGUGUGAGAUCACAGGAUUCUAAAAUAGUCAAGAGGGGAAAGAUUGUUAAUGCAGACGCCAUAUUCAGAUGGUUUCCUGUUGGUUUGAGUGAAAAUGAUCAGUUUCCUUCUUACAUUCAUCUUGAGCCAGUUUCCGUGGAAUCUUUUGAGCGCCGAUAUGGAGAUAAACCUCUUACCUUGGUGAACAGUAUUGCAACUGAAGAGAAUAAUGAGUUGAAAGAGAAUUAUGUGAGAAGUCCCUGGGUCACUAUUGCAGAAAGUGUACAGCGAGAUCUGCUCACCUCUUUCGAGAUUUUGAAGAAUGAAAUGGACUCCCAAGGGUUGGAAAAAGUAAAGCCCACAUUGGUUGCUAGAUUUGGUAAAAUUGUUUUUUAUGGAAGCUGGAGCCCUUCAGUAAGGCUAGGAAGGAUUGACAAAAAUCAGGUUGAUGGAAACAUUUUGAGACAAUUGAAAAGAUCAAUUUACACAAAUGUUCCUUCUUCAUAUAUGGAAAACAUUAUAGAUGGGGUUGUCCCAAAAGUUGGAGUAGAUUUUGAAGAGGAAAAAGACAUCUACCAUAUAAAGUUGUCUGAUGAUACACGACCAUAUUCAACUGUUUCAUGCAAAUGUCGUGUACAGGCAGAUAAAAAACUUGUACUUUACAAGGCUGAACUACAAAAAGUGUACCAUAUGGUCACAGAUGUAUCAUGCCUUGACAAGAAUCUCGACCUGAGGCUAAUGCUUUACACGAAGAGGAUCUUAACUGCUCCUACUGAUGAUGAAAUGAAAAGCAUAAGGGAUCUAAUUUCUUCUGCAGUUUUGGAUUCAGAAGUGAAGGGUGGGUUGAGAUGGCCUCUUGGGAAGAUAUCUUCUGAAAAUAGAUACAGUGUAAUUUGGUUUGGGCAUACCAUAACUAAAGCCUACAGAAGUCCAUCAUUGAGGCUGAAAGUUGGUCAUGCCGAUAGAUUUUUCCUUGAGAGUGAAACUGGAGAAGUUUCAACGGAAACUUAUCUUAAGUUGAAUGGAAUACUUUCAGAAUUGCAGGAACAAGGAGCAGAAAGUGAUUCAGUCUCCACCAUGCUCAAAGACAGCUUAAGAAUGAUAUGGGACAACUUCUUAAGCUGCGAUCGUUUCUUAGCAUAGGCAUGCCAUCAAGCAUAUCCUACUGUCUCUCUCUCCCCCUCUGUGAAUAGUGUACAUUUUUAAUAUCAUUAGUGUGUGCUUGAAAUGGGAAGGGAUUUUCAAGAAGAUGACAUUAUAAAACUGUGAUUGGCUAUGGUUUCUUCGACUGCAUUGUGUAAUAUAUAAAUUUUACUAUUUGGUA